CCCUCGUUUUUCCUUCAAUUUCAUAACCAUCCCUUCGAACACUCUUUCCUUCACUCAUCUCAACUAAACUUAACUCCAACAAACCAAAUUCAAUUUUCACUGCAUUUUCUCACUUCACAAUGAUAAUAAUCAAAUCUAGAAAUUCCAAACGCAAGCUUCAACACGAACCUUCACCGUUACACGUCAUCAGCAAGAAGCUCCGGUCGAAGAUUCCUCGCCGGAAACGACGUCAGAUCUCACCGGUGCUACUUGUUUCUCCGAGAUUCAAAGCUUCUCGUGAGAAUCGCGGUUUUUCUGUUGGUUCAGUUGAUUCGAGUUCUGGUUCGGAUUUCGCCGGAGGUGAAGUUUCGUGUGAUUCGAGUAGAAUCUCUGCUGUUAAAGGAAGAACGAACUCGAGAAGUGAAAUUUCGAGUGGUGUUGAAUGUGUUCGUAGAUUUGAGAAGAGGAAUGAGAAUGAAGUUGAAGUUUCGGAGACUUCGUGUGUGGAUUCUAGUUCUGGAGUUCGUAGAAACUUGAUUUUGAAGUUUGAAAAUGGAAAAGAGAACGAUGAAGUUUCUGAAGUUUGUACGAAAUCGGAACUUACUUUUGCUGAGAAUUCAAAAUCGAGUAACGGAAAUUCGAAUUUGAAUUUGAAUUUGAAUAUCUCGUCGGAGAUAACACGAAACGAUGUUGUUUCCGUUAACAGAGCAUCGGAAUCUGAAUUUUCUCAAAUUUCGAGAAAUCGUAAUGCUGAUGAGAAUUGCGUUAUCGCGCAAUCGAUUAUGAAGAAUUAUUCGGAUAAUUCAGGUUACGAUUCCGAUCUAGCUUGUUCUGAGAAACUGCAAUUCUCUUACUACGACGAUGAUGAAUCGGAGGAGUAUUGUUCAAGUCAGGGAACUACAUUCUCUGAUCUUCACUCGGAUAUUUUCAGUGAAGGUUCAGAUUAUUCUCCGUCGCAGUUCAUUGAUUCUGGUAGCGAGUUUUCACAAGGAUCCGUUGGUGAAACUCCUUCUCAUACUUAUUCGUUGCUUCUUCGAUACCGCGACGAAUUCGCAAAGCUAGGUUCUCCGGUUAAAGCUACUUCAAUUGUUGUAGAAGAUUUUUCUCUUCAUAACAAUUUUUCGAGGUUUGAAGAUAUUGAUGAUGAAGAGAGUUACCAGAUGCUGAGAAAGAGAGAACGAAGGCAAGCUUUCAUGUGGAAUUAUGGAGAAAGAUAUUUCUCUGCAACGGAUUUUGCGGAAGUAUUUCAGCAACGUUCACGAAUGGUUCAUUGGAUUGUUGAGCACUCUUAUCGAAAACAGCUUCGACCAGAGACAAUGUUUCUUGCAAUCAAUCUACUUGACCGUUUCCUGAGCAAGGGAUACUUCAAAGCAGAAAGAAACCUUCAAAUUGUUGGAAUAGCGUGUCUUACAUUGGCAACAAGAAUCGAAGAAAACCAGCAAUAUAACAGAGUGAACCAGAAAAAUUUCUACAUAGAAAAAAGUGUGUACAGUAGAUGCGAAGUGGUGGCUAUGGAAUGGAUGGUGCAGGAGGUGCUAGAGUUCGAGUGUUUUCAUCCAACCAUCUACAAUUUCUUGUGUUUCUACCUUAAAGCUGCUAAUGCUGAUGCUGUUGUGGAGAAAAGGGUCACGUGCCUUGCAUUACUGGCUCUGUCAGGUCCUGAUCAGCUGUGUUACUGGCCCUCAACUAUUGCUGCUGCAAUAGUAAUCCUGGCCAGUCUAGAGCUCAAUCAGAAAGCAUCCCACAAAGUCAUAGGGAUCCACAUUAGAUCAAAGGAAGAGAAUUUGCAUGAAUGCAUGGAGAGCAUGGAGUGGUUGUUACGCUAUCUAUGAUUACAAAUUAGCUGGAAGGAGUGCAUCAGUUAUGGAUUGGUGAGGAUAGUUUUCUACCCAUUGGAAGAAAAAUGGUUAUCUUAAGUCGAUUCAUCAAGUAUCAUUAAUACUGAAUAAAUUUCAUUCAUUUGUUCACCUGCCUCAUGGGAAGUAAAUUCCAUUCUUUAUCCCAUGUAACUAUAUUGAUUCUUCUAAGUAUAGAAGACAAAAUAUCCACAUAUUAUAGAUAUUACAGGGUCACACAGGGUUAUACAUACAAAACCAAAAGAUAUUACAGGGUUAUAUAGGUUCAUCUUGCUGCUAAUUGUAAAUGACCUACAAAGAUAUUACAGGGUUAUAUAAAGUUCACAUUGCAUUAUUAUUAUA